CCCUCGGACACAGCGGAUCAUGGAAAGAGCCGAAGAUGUCGGCUCGGUCAUGUGAUCAGCUGUGUCCAAUCACAGCUGAUCACAUGGGACAUGUACACUGAUCAUCAGGGCACUGAUGAUAAGUGUGCCCUGAUGAUCAGUGUGGCCACAGAAGUGCCACCUGUCAGUGCUCAUCAGUGCCAGUGCCCAUCAGUGCCACGUGCCACGUGCCAGUGCCCAUCAGUGCCACAUAUCAGUGCAUACCAGUGCACAUCAAUGCCACAUAUGAGUGCAUACCAAUGUACAUCAAUGCCACAUAUCAGUGUCCAUCUGAGCUGCCUUUCAAUGUCACCCAUCAGUGCCAGUCAGUGCCACCUAUCAAUGCCAAUCAGUGCCACCUAUCAGUGCUGCCAAUCAGUGCCGCCUAUCGGUGCCAGUCAGUGUCACCUAUCAGUGCCAGUCAGUGCCGCCUAACAGUGCCAGUCAGUGCUGCCUAACAGUGCCAGUCAGUGCCACCUAUCAGUGCCAGUCAGUGCUGCCUAUCAGUGCCGCCUAUCAGUGCCAUAUAUCAGUGCCAUGCAUCAGUGCUGCCUUUCAGUGCCCAUCAGUGAUGCCUGUCAAUGCCCAUCAGUGCA